AUGACUAUAUCAAAGGGCGAUUCCGUCCUAAUCGUGGGCGCUGGCGUUUUCGGCCUGUCCACCGCGCUGGAGUUGAAACAGCGUGGAUACACCGACAUUACAGUGUUGGAUCGGUAUACGCCACCGGUAGUAGAUGGAAGCAGUGUUGAUCUGUCUAGAAUCAUCCGGAUCGACUAUGCUGAUCCAGUUUAUUGCCAGAUGGCUCGCGAGGCAUAUGCAGGCUGGACAACAGAGUACAAGGAGGAGUACUUUGAAUCCGGAUUCGCAUUGCUGUCCGAGACCCCCCGAAACGACUGGAUCGAAAAAUCAAAGGCUACAGUCUUGUCAAUUGGCGGCACCAUCGAGGAGCUCAAGGAUGCUACGCAGCUGCUCAAGUCAUACCCCAACAUUCAGGCCGAUCUCUCGGGCAUGAAUGGAUACCUUAACCGGAAGGGCGGCUGGGCCGAUGCCGCUGGCAGCAUCCAGAAGCUUGCUUCACGAUGCAGUGUGGAGGGCAUCUCUAUUAUCUCCGGACCUCGCGGAACCGUCGGUUCAUUGCGUCGAGAAGGGUCACGCGUUGUGGGUGUCAACCUAGUUAGCGGAGGAUAUUUGCUCGCAUCCCAGGUCAUUGUGAGCACAGGUGCCUGGACCAACCAACUUUUGGAUGUGGCACACGCCGCCAACUCAUCGGGCCAGCCGGUUGGCUUCAUUCAAUUGACACCGGAAGAGGCCCGGUCCUUGGAAUCGACCCCUGUCAUGAUCAACAUGAGCACUGGAGUAUUCUGCUUCCCGCCCACCCCGGCAUCCAACAUUCUUAAGCUUGCGCGUCAUGGAUACGGCUACGCAAAUGAAGUCACUAUCAAAAACGAUGGUAUCACUCGGAAAGUAUCAUCGCCCAAGCUUGAAAGUAGCAAUGCACAGACAGGAUACCUUCCCGAAGACGCCGAUGAAGGCCUGCGCCAAGGUCUCCGUCAGUUUUUCCCCAAGUUCGGCGACCGGCCAUGGAUGAACCGUCGACUCUGCUGGUACACCGAUACACCAAAGGGCGACUUCAUUAUUGAUCACCACCCAGAACUCCAGGGUCUCUUUGUGGCCACCGGUGGAGCCGGACAUGGGUUCAAAUUUUUGCCAAUUUUGGGUAAAUAUAUUGCAGACUGCUUCGAGAACAAGGCCUCCAAGGAACUGCGUGAGAAGUGGCGAUUGGCCCCGUCGCCCGCUAACUCUGUUGCUUAUGCUAUGAAGGGCGACGGAAGUCGGGCUGGACCUCCCUUGCGACAGCUCACGCAAGUUGAGAAGGCCAAAUUGUAA